GCUUCUUCUACGACGGCAGACCGUCCGCGGCUAAGAAGAGCGAGCGUGUAUUCGUGCCGUUGCCAAGUGUGCCGUCGCUUCUCGGCUGCAAAAAGCAAACCCAACACAGCGUAACAUAACGCAACUACGCUACACUACGGAUACCGGUACACGGCCUGCCGUCGAUCUGCUGCUUGCUUACUUACUAUCGCCAAUCUGCGCUGACCACCCUCUCCCCUCCCAAAGGACCCCAAAGGAGCAAUUACGUCGCCCUUUUCUCCCCGUCCAUUGGCUAGCCCGACGAGCUCUCUGCUGCAGCCCGCCGCACGCGAGACAAGCACCGGCCCAACAUGCCUAUCCGCGUCAGGUCCAAGAAGCUGCCCAAGCCCCGGGACUUGAGCCCCGUGUCCUUGCACUUCGACUCGCUGGAGCUGCCCGACAUCGACACGGACGACACUUUCCGCAAUGUGGUCAAGAAGCUCUCCGUAUAUUUUGUCGACGUCAUCGUGUUGCCCAGCACGUUUGAGCAGCUGCGCACGACGGCCGCCGGUGAGCCGUUGCGAGUCUUGGUCGAUCACCUCAACGCCACUUGCACCAAUCCUGCCAUUGUGAAUGCUCUCCUCGCCCUCAAAUGGCACUAUGCCGUUGACGAGUCCGAGUCCAACAAGGGUCUCUGCGAAGCCCGCGCCAGCGCCUGUGAGAUCGUCGCCUGGCGAUUCCUCACCCGCCUCUCGGAGCGCGAGGCCGUCGACUACUGUCUCUAUGAGAUUCCCGAUCCCAAGCAGCCGCCGACGCCGCCGCCAAACGCCGACCUCGAGAGCAACGAGGACUCUCCCCUGCUCUCCGGCGGCAGCUGGUCCGGUAACGGCAGCCGCCGCUCCUCCGUGCGCCCUGGAAGCAGCGCCAAGCGCUACCAGCUCCUGUCAUCUCUCUCCAGGCUCACGAUGAGCAUGCACGCCGACCAGGAAGAGGAAGACGAUGACGACCCGACCUCGCCCUUCACCAGCCUCAACGCCCUCGAGAUCGCCGCCGUCGCCGACGCCAAGCGCUUUCUCAGCCAACACGUCGUACAGAAGAUCGUUACCGGCAUCUGGAACGGCGACAUCAUCUUCUGGGACAGCCUCUCGGUCCACGCCCAGAAAAAGCCCCGCUUCUACAACGCCCACACGGCCGACAUCUUUUCCCGCCUGAGGGUCCCCAAGUACCUCAAGGCCUGGGAGGCCUUCUUCUUCUUCAUCUUCCUGUGCCUCUACUACUCCGUCCUCGUCGAGCAGAACACCGAACGCAUCACCCACAACGAAAUCGUCCUGUACAUCUGGCUGGCCGCCUUCCUGUACGACGAGCUGAGCGAGUGGGCCGAUGCCGGAACCAUCUUCUACGCGACAGAUGUCUGGAACCUUUUCGACAUGAUCAUGAUAGGCAUCGGUAUCGCCUUUGCUGUUCUUAGGGUCAUUGGUAUUGCCAACAACGACCGGCACAUCACCAACACCGCCUUCAACGUCUUCGCGCUCGAGGCGCUGUUCAUGGUGCCGCGGGUGUUCUCCCUCCUCAGCUUGUCGCCCUACUGGGGCACGCUAAUUCCGUGUCUCAAGGAGAUGGGCAGGGACUUUGUCAAAUUCAUGGUCCUUGUCGUCGUCAUCUACCUCGGCUUUCUCACGACCUUCUCCCUCAUCGGCCAGGACGCCUACAACUUCAGCCACAUGACCAUGAUCCUCACAAAGAUCUUCUUCGGCUCGGCGUACGUCGGCAUCGAGAUCAUGGACGACAUCGACAAGGUCUUUGGCCCCCCUCUCAUGAUCAUCUUCAUCAUCCUUUCUUCCUUCCUGCUGAUGGGCUCCCUGACGGGUAUGCUGUCCAACUCCUUCUCCCGCGUCAUCACCCACGCCCGCGAGGAGUACCUCUACGUCUACAGCGUCUACGUGCUCGAGGCCUCGACUAGCAACCGGCUCACGCACUUUUACCCGCCGUUCAACGUCAUCGCCCUCGUCAUCUUCCGGCCUUUGCGCCUCUUCCUUCCCUCCGACGACAAGUUCCGCCAAAGCCGCAUCCUCCUGCUCAAGGCCACCCACCUCCCCAUCGUCGGCCUCAUCAAGAUGUAUGAGAGCAUCCGCCGCCGCGUGAUGCCCGACGAGUACGCCGGCUUCAAGGGACCGCGCGGCGCGACGGGCGCGACGAAACAACGCUCGCGGGGCGCCUUCCAGGCCAACCGCCCGCCAUCCGGGUACCGCCCCGCGAGGUCCCCCCGUCCCGAGGAGCGCCUUGACUCUCGCCAUUCGUCACGCCCCCGGCACCGUGCCGUCGAGGCCGAUGAAGCUGACGCGCCUUCGGCCGUCGAGGUGCGCAUCUCGGAGCUCAACGACAAGAUUGACAAGCUCACGGCGCUUGUCGAGGCCCUCCAGCAGCGGCCCGGAUCGCCCUCUUGAACAUUUCAGUCAUGAUGGUUCCUGAAAAGGUAGACCGCCCUACAAUCGGCUCAAUCUUUGGGAUUUGUGUCAGUAUAGUGUGUGUUGUAUGUGUGCGUGUGUGUGUGUGUGUGUGUCCAUGUUGCUUUACAUGUUUAUGUGUUUGUGUAUGCGUGUGAUAUGAAGAGCUUUUGGCCGGUUUUAUCUGCAUUACCCGAGGCAUGCUGGGUGCGUUUGGUUUUAGCUUGGCGUACAUGUGCUUUUGUUUGUACUUGGUGAGAUCGAAGCAAGUGAGCGUGGAACUGGGUGUAGUUGAGUGUUAUCUUCCGUGUCAACGGACUUGAAAGCUCGGAAGCUCGAUGGUUGAUCUGCUGUCUCGAAGGUAGAUUAUGCCAAUGUGGACAAGAGCUUGGAAUAUGUUGUCCAAAUUCGACGAAGUGGGAAUAAAAUACAUCACUCGUAACGUUACGAUUACGCAUUCAAUCAUUGUGAUACGCGCCCUCAUGCAGUGGG